AUGUAUCCGUGGAUGGACACUAGAGCUGCGAAGAUAGCCAGCUACAAAUGCGGAACGCAUUUGACUAGCGAGAUUCAUCCGAAAAUGUCUGGUGCGCGAGGCCUCAGAAGAGGAGUUGGAGUAUAUGGAAGAGCUUUCGAAGAAAGGAUGCGCCAGCGGCAGCUGGACGUCGAACAUACGCGACGUCUUCGGGAAAUAGCUGCCCAAGGAGGAUCGGUCGAUGUCGAAAUCGUUGGAGAACCACGAGAGCCGGAGACUUCGUCGGCAGCUGCAGGCGGACCGCGGUACUUGUGA